GCUACAGUACCUUAUCUUAUCGGACACCUCGGCGAUCAGCGCUGUCUCUAACGCCCUGAUAUUACAGGUACAUACAUACCGGCGCAUCUCAGACCGCCCGGUAGAGAAUCUAAAACGUAAACCUAAAAAGCUUGUCAUAUCCGCCUGCCUAGCAUCACCUGGUCAUCGUUUCGAGUACUUGUCGAUUUCUCGACCUCUUAAUCUCGCGGCAAGCUGCGUCGAGGCUAAGGUUGGUGUCCUGAAACCAUGUGGACGUCCUCCUCUCCGGCCUCGGCCCCGGCGAAUGCUCCCGUGGGCGAGGAGCAGCAUCAGAACGAAGGUUCGAAGCUGAGAACAUUAAUCUCUGUUUUAAGAAAGUUUAUCGGAGUUUCUGACCUCGCAGCCGUACGCUUCUCGCUGCCUUCUCAGCUCCUUGAGCCGACCCCGAACCUUGAGUAUUGGAAUUAUCUCGACGCCCCCAAUGCAUUUGUUGCCAUUGGGACCGCAGACGACCCCAUCGAUCGAAUGCUGGAAGUCCUGCGCUUCUGGUUCACGAAGGACCUAAAAUACGCCAAAGGAAAGCCUUGCAAACCAUACAACUCCUGCUUGGGCGAGUUCUUCAGGUGUAACUGGGAGACCGAGGAUGAUGCUCCGAAAAUCGACACCAGGGCCUUUAGGGCGAGCGGCACCCCGCCGAGCAGCAGUGCGUCGAGUGUGAGGUCCGGAAAGCACCUCGAUCCUGCCCGGCUUAGUUCUGGCGACAUGCGGACCUCAUCCAGUGUGUCUGUUUCACCAUCAAUAUCCAGCCCCACCAAACCAGUCCGCGUUUCCUACUUGACCGAACAGACGUCGCACCAUCCCCCUGUCAGCGCUUUCUAUAUCAGCUGCCCCGAGAAGGGCCUGCAUGCCAAAGGCUUCGAUCAGAUCACCGCAAAGUUCACUGGCACCUCCAUCAAGGUAAUGCCGGGAGAGCACAAUCUGGGCAUCUUCAUCACCGUGGAGCGUCGUAACCAUGAGACGUAUCAGCUGACGCACCCCGCUGCGCACCUGGGUGGCCUGCUCAGGGGCGCUCUGAGCGUCACCGUGGGCGACAUGGCCUACAUCACUUGCCCGGAGACUAAGCUGAAAACAAUCCUUCAUUACUAUGAUGACGGCUGGCUUGGGCGGAGUACCAACAAAGUGGAGGGAAUCAUAUUCCGAUAUGACCCAGAGAACGACAACAAGCAGCGGAUCAGCGACGUCCCUGAAGAGGACAUUGUCGUGCGGCUUGGUGGAGCCUGGAAGGAGAAGAUUGUCUUCACUAUGGGCCCGAAGCCUUUGAGUUCUCAUCCGCCGGAAGACCAGAUCACAAUCAUUGAUAUCGCACCGCUCUCAGUAGCACCCAAAGUGCUGCCACCACCGGAGCAACAACUUCCAAAUGAGUCUCUAACGCUCUGGGGCGAAGUCACCAAGGCCAUCCUGGCCAAACAGUACUCCCGUGCCACGGCCGUAAAGCAAGAACUUGAGGAAGCUCAGAGGGAAAAAGCGCGCGAACGCGAGAAGAAAGGAGAGACAUGGAAGCCCGUCUUCUUCGAGCAAGCGACGGACAAGGCCGGCAAGCCCUCGUUGACGGAGGAGGGUCGGAAAGUCCUCGAGAGAGCGCAGAACGGUGACUGGUCGUUGGAGGGUAUCAUCGAUUGAGGGUAUUGAGGCACUAAACCGCUUUUUGGGUUCUGGUACCGGAGUUGAAGGGGAACCGCGGCCAAACUGAACGGAGACUCUUCAUUCGCUCUUGCGAUGGGCUUGUCUCAUCCGGCGGCUGCAUUGUUUGGCUCGACUGGGCAUAAGAGGCUUGUGGCAUCUUGUUUGAGUGGUUUCCCUCACUGGUUGCAUGGCUAGAGGUGGCUGCUUGUCGGUCAGGUAUGAGGGUUCGGGGCGUUUACUGUUGGACUUGCAUGACCCAGGUCCAGGUCAUGC